UAAUAAUAAUAUAUAUGUGUAGUAAGACAUGUAUGUUUUCUCAUUUCACUUAUUGUACCAGUUCAGCAAUGCAGCUAAAAAGAAUAGGUCACAGGUUUAUGUAGAGCCCUAACCUAACUUUACCGCACGCUUAUCGGAGGAUAUGGCUGAAAUUGAUGUUUUCGACAAUAACGAAGAACAACUGCCUCAAGAUCUCGGCGACGAUGUCGUUCAAGAAGUUCUCAAAACUGGCACCGAUUUGCGCCAGUAUUCCAGGCAAAUCGAAAAAGAGCUGAAAGAAGUAGAAAACAAGUCGAUCGAAGAUUAUAUUAAGGAAAGUCAAAAUAUAGCUAGCCUGCACAAUCAGAUCGCCGCUUGUGACAACAUUUUGGAGAAAAUGGAAUCAAUGUUAAUGAGCUUUCAGUCAGACCUGGGCAGUAUCAGCUCAGAGAUUCUGUCCUUGCAACGCAAAUCUGUUGCUAUGAGCCAACAGUUGUCCAACAGACAGGUGAUACGUGGUCCGCUUAGUCAGUUCAUCGAGGAUAUGACUGUGGCCGAAAGUCUGAUCGCAGGUAUUAUGGACUGUCCCGUGACCGAGAAAGAAUUCUUAAUUCAACUGCAAACUCUCAAUCAUAAGAUUAACUUUGUGAAGGAGCAAAGUUUCAAGGAGGCAAAGUCCUGUCUCGACGUGAAGGAUAUAUUAGAGAAACUGAAGGUGAAAGCAAUGGCAAAAAUUAGAACUUACUUACUGGAGCAAAUUUAUAAGUUCCGAAAACCGAUGACAAAUUAUCAAGUGCCGCAGAAUAACAUGCUGAAGUACAAGUUCUUCUUUGAAUUUAUCAUGGCGAAUGAGAGGAACGUGGCAGAGGAGAUCUGCGGAGAAUAUAUCGAUACGAUGAGCAAGAUAUAUUACUCCUACUUUAAGUCUUAUUCGUCAAGAUUGAUAAAAUUGCAGUUUGAGGAGAAAGCGUCGAAGGACGAUUUAAUGGGAGUCGAAGAUACAGCAGGCAGAAGCAUGUUUCACAAAACAACGUUGAAGCAUAAAGGGACUGUUUUUUCUAUAGAUACGAGGGGUGAGGUUUUGUCCUCUCAAUUGGAAGCACCCAUUAUUGUCCCACACACUGCCUCCAAAACGCGAUAUCAUUACGAAGCUUUGUUCAGAAGCGAACAGUACGCUUUGGUCGACAAUGCUUGCAGAGAAUAUCUGUUUCUAACCGAGUUUUUUAAAGUCCGCAAUGCACAGGCCUUAGAUAUUUUUAAUCAGGUUAUGGGUAAAACGUUGAAUCUUAUGAUUAAGAAUUUACAAUCGUUCGUCGACGAUUGUUACGACACGAUUGCCUUGUUCCUCUGCUGGCAUCUGGUGAUGCGUUACCAGUUGACGUGUCACAAAAGAGCCGUGCCAGCAUUGGACAAACAUUGGGAGACCUUGACGGCUAUAAUUUGGCCCAGAUUUGAUUACGUAUUUCAGAGGAAUAUUCAGAGUAUAAAAACGUGCGAUCCGGUUAAAUUUAGCAAGGAGACCGGGCCGCAUUAUAUCACCAGGAGAUAUGCGGAAUUCAGCGCCGCAAUGGUUAGCAUAGUCGAGGGAUUCCCCUGCGAAGGGGCGACUCAGUUGUUGGCGGAACUGAGGGAAGCCGUGCAGUGUUUUCUGUUCAGGAUGGCGGCCAUCUUUCCGAGCAGAACGCAGCAAUUGGUGUUUCACAUCAACAAUUGCGAUCUGGUGCUCGGUGUGUUAAUGGAAAGGACGCGGGAUAAUUCGAAGGAAGCGGAGAGCUUCCGCGAGCAAUUGAAUACGUGUUCCUCCGAGUUCGUCGAGGAGGUGUUGAGCCCGCACUUCGGCGGUAUCAUACAGUUGGUGAAGGAGUCCGAGGUCCUGCUCGAGAAAGGCCUGACCGACGACCUGAAGCGACAGGAGGGGAAGGCGCUGGCCCUCGUGCAGUCCUUCACGAACAAUUGGAAACGGGCGUUGGAGGAGAUACACAGGGAGGUGCUGCGCUCGUUUCCCAGCCUCGUACUCGGCGGUAUGCUGGUGCAACGCGCGAUGACGCAGCUGGUCCAGUAUUACCAUCGUCUUCACAAGAUCCUGCCUGCCAGUGCGCGCACUCAGCUCACGAAUAUCCAUCAUAUCAUGGUGGAGAUUAAGAAAUACAAGACAAAUUAUUAGACCUUCCAAUGAACUCGAGGUGACCUUCGUUGAAUUCGGAAAAGUAAACCGGUCGAUGAAUAAUAAAGAUAAUAAUAAUAAUAAGAGCCGCCGACGCGUGCCAAUUUUCUGCCCGAAGCUUGUCGUUCAACGACAAUCAGGAAAUUACUCAUUUUUAUCCGAGUUAAUGCGAGAUGAAUACAGAUAUUACUCGACUGACAGCUAUUUUAUAAGGAUGAUUUACUAAAUAUAAUUUAUAUUUGCCAAUAAAAGUCGAUACAAGAUGUGCAAAAUGCGAGAUGCGCAAAAUAAAAGUGUUAGAUGUUUUUUAAGUCGUAUACUCGAACAGACGUCUCGGUCGUCGUGUUUCGACCCUCUUCGACGGGAAAAACGUAGAAAAUUUGUUUAAUAUUAAAAGAAACAAUAUAGGUUUUGUGCGUAAGACUGUUUUAUCAUAUCACUUUGCAUGAAAAAGUUCAAAAAUCUGUGUAACUUCAUCGUUCCGUAUAAACAUGGUUGAGAAGUUAAGAAAGGUGUCAAACCUGAAGCUGGAGGCCUCGGAAAACCGUCGAAGAAUGAGUAUCACUUAUCAACGUGUCUUCACUAUAUACUUGAAAAGUUUCUCACUGAGGUGAACAACUUCACGGUUAUUGUCGAACGACAAGUUAUCAAACCGGGUACUCGGUGUUGGCAAUCAUUGUUAAUGUUUAUCGAUUAAAUCAAUCAAAAUUUAAUGAAAGUCACCCUCGAUCUCGUCUCAAAUUUUUUCAUGAGUACGAAUCGUCGGUCGCUCAUUGAAGGCGAUCUUUCCGAUAUAUUGUAUAUAUUGAAUGAACUGUCGUAAUAAUUCUCUAAGAUGAUUGCUAUUUAUUGCGCGAAAGGAUGUUAAUCGUCUAUCCAUAAGAGCGUUUAAAGGUAUCGGGAGGAGGGGGGGGGGAUAUUCCUGUAAAUAAUUGUAGAAUAUAUUCUGUACAUUUUUAUUUAUAAAAUAAUACAAGCUACGAGAUAAUACUAAGCAUAUGUUGCGUUACCACUUUAUACAAUACAGCGAUUAAUUCUUCGUAUUGUGCACAUGGCACGCGCACGAAUCGUAUAUAUAUAUUAUAUGUAUAUAUUUAUAUAUGUAUAUUUCGCCUGUCUCUCGUAUAAAUUAGUAUGUAUACACGUG